AGAUGUUCAUAACCAAGUAUGCAAGAGAUUGAGUCUAUCCUGGACUAGAUAUCUGGAUAUGGGCUGUUGUCUACUGUUCUCAUCUCCUUAUGCUUGAAAAGGAUAAUUAUCCCCACACAACACACCUCCAUGAUUCUUGUGGGUCUUAGCCAGAUUGGCCAACUGUGACCAUAUGGUCCCACCAACCCACAUGCCCAUACACCCUUAUAACUCACCCCAUCCUCUCACUCACCCUUUUGCCCCUUUAUAAAAUCCUCUUCUCUAUUUUUACACUUUAGUAGUUAUCUCUCAAGUUACAUCCUUUUGGGUCUCAGAACAGAAUACUUCAGGUGAUGGAUGUUGCAGUGGAGCUUGAAGAUGAUCUCUUUUUUGCAGACUUGAGCAAGCAGAUUUCUCUCCUGAUUAUGGAUGAAGAUGAACAAGAAGACCCACUUGCUUGUUGUCCUCCUGAGCCCCUUCAGGUUUUCUCAGGAGCAAUAAUUCAUCCUCCUCCCCUGUCUGUGAUAGUGUACGAGCAGGGUGUGAGAAGAGCAAGCAAAGGGACAGGGGUGUUCAUCCCUCAGUCCACACAACCAAGAAGGAGGCAAAGAAGAGGAAGAUCUGCUUCAUAUGCAAAACAUCAGAAACCAUCUGAAGAUACAAGAAUGGUUUCUCGAGCUCCUAAUAGCAGUUAUUCUUUCAGAUCCAGAAAUGGCUGACGCGGACAGAUCUGUCUCCCCAAACAAACAGAACAGUUUGAUAAAUCCUAAUGAUUUUAUAUUCCUUUGCCAAGCUUAGUGGAUUAUUUAUCGUGGGUCUGAUUCUUUAGUCUUUAGGCAAUAAAUUAUUAUAUUGUCUCGGUGAUUGAUAAAAAUAUAUAUAGGUUUCUACCGAUUAUGUACAUGGGAAAGCCUUUAUUAUAUGUACUCUGCUGCCGAGUGUAUUCAUGGAGGAAGGUUCAUCCAAGGUUUUGUGCCUUUCCAACAUGUGGACAAGUAUGGGUGUUUUGCAGUUUGACUGCAUGUAUGUCUCUAGGUUAUUGUUUCAUUGAUAAGCUUGUCCUUGAUUACUCAAUAAUAUUAAUCAUACUAUUCCUUAACAA